AUGACCUGGCUAACGGUAGCUGCCUGUGCUUCCCAGUACCACGGCGAGAAGGGCAUCUCCGUGCCGGACCACGGCUUCUGCCAGCCCAUCUCCAUCCCGCUCUGCACGGAUAUCGCCUACAACCAGACCAUCCUGCCCAACCUGCUGGGCCACACCAACCAGGAGGACGCGGGGCUGGAGGUGCACCAGUUCUACCCGCUGGUCAAGGUGCAGUGCUCGGCCGAGCUCAAGUUCUUCCUCUGCUCCAUGUACGCGCCGGUGUGCACCGUGCUGGAGCAGGCCAUCCCACCCUGCCGCUCCCUCUGCGAGCGGGCCCGACAGGGCUGCGAGGCCCUCAUGAACAAGUUUGGCUUCCAGUGGCCAGAGCGGCUCCGCUGCGAGAACUUCCCCGUCCACGGCGCAGGCGAGAUCUGCGUGGGGCAAAACACAUCGGACGCCCCACCGGGGCCUGGCGGUGCGGCAGGCCGGGGGGCCACUGCCCACCCUACGGCUGGCUACCUCCCCGACUUCCUCACCCCGCCGCAGCCCCCCUCCGGCUUCUCCUUCUCCUGCCCUCGGCAGCUCAAAGUGCCCCCUUACUUGGGCUACCGGUUCCUGGGGGAGCGGGACUGCGGGGCACCCUGUGAGCCAGCUCGGCCCAACGGGCUCAUGUACUUCAAGGAGGCAGAGGUGCGAUUUGCCAGGCUGUGGGUGGGCGUGUGGUCUGUGCUCUGCUGCGCCUCCACCCUCUUCACCGUGCUGACCUACCUGGUGGACAUGCGCCGUUUCAGCUACCCGGAGCGGCCCAUCAUCUUCCUCUCAGGCUGCUACUUCAUGGUGGCAGUGGCCUACGCGGCAGGUUUCUUGCUGGAGGAGCGGGUGGUGUGUCUGGAGCGCUUCUCUGAGGACGGCUACCGCACUGUGGCCCAAGGCACCAAGAAAGAAGGCUGCACCAUCCUUUUCAUGAUCCUCUACUUCUUUGGCAUGGCCAGCUCCAUCUGGUGGGUCAUCCUGUCCCUCACCUGGUUCCUGGCUGCUGGCAUGAAGUGGGGCCACGAGGCCAUCGAGGCCAACUCCCAAUAUUUCCACCUGGCUGCCUGGGCUGUGCCUGCUGUCAAAACCAUCACCAUCUUGGCCAUGGGGCAGGUGGAUGGGGACGUACUCAGUGGGGUGUGUUAUGUAGGUAUCUACAGCGUGGACUCGCUGCGGGGCUUUGUGCUGGCACCCUUGUUUGUGUACCUCUUCAUUGGCACUUCCUUCUUGCUUGCUGGCUUCGUGUCCUUGUUUCGCAUCCGCACUAUCAUGAAGCAUGACGGCACCAAGACGGAGAAACUGGAGAAACUGAUGGUGCGCAUCGGUGUCUUCAGCGUCCUCUACACGGUACCUGCCACCAUUGUCCUGGCGUGCUACUUCUAUGAGCAGGCCUUCCGUGGCACCUGGGAGAAGACGUGGCUUCUCCAGACCUGCAAAACCUAUGCCGUGCCCUGUCCCAGCCACUUUGCCCCUAUGAGCCCAGACUUCACAGUCUUCAUGAUCAAGUACCUCAUGACCAUGAUUGUUGGUAUCACAACUGGCUUCUGGAUCUGGUCUGGCAAAACCCUUCAGUCCUGGCGACGCUUCUACCACAGACUCAGCACCGGCAGCAAAGGCGAGACAGCAGUAUGAGACCCCCCUGUCCCCUCUGGCACGCACACACACACGCAUGCAUGCACACACGCAGAGGAGAGGGAUACUUGGCAGAAGAGGAAGGCAAUGGCUCUCGGAAGAGGGAGGAACGGAGGCUUUUCCAAACUCUUCCUUCCUCCCGGAGGGUUUGAAAAAAAAAAAAAAUAAUAAUCUUUGCAUAAAGGAUCAGACGGACUGUGUCCAGUGGUGCUUAUACCCAUUUAAGUGGAAGAGCACAGAAAGAGGCCACUGGUGGGAUGGGAGAGUCCUUCACCUGCAAGAAGUCCCCUUACUUCUCUCUCGUGCUACCUCUGUGCAGGAAAAAACCCAACCCAACUAAAAGCAUCCUGCCUUGCUUUUGGAC